UGUGCAGCCUGUUAUAAUACUCCAGUAUAUUUUUCAAAUUUAUUUAACACUUAAAUGCAAUAAUGGACAUAUUAUUCAAAACCGGUAUAUUUCUCCCACUUAAGCUCAACUGUUUUUACUUCCUCUCUUUAAUCUGAUCGGAAUGGAAAUGGUAUAUAAGGCUAUGCAGAUCCGUACCUCACUUAGUAUUCUCAAAUAUUUCCGAUUUAACCAAAACUAAUUUUUUAAGAAUAUUUAUUCGUUGAAACGGAUAAAAAUGGCUCACCUUAACUUAUUUUUUGUCCUGAUCGUAUCGUUGAUUUACUUCACAUCAGCGGAAGAAAAGUACACAACCAAAUUCGACAACUUUGACGUGGACAAGGUAUUGAACAACAACAGAAUUUUAACCAGCUACAUCAAGUGUUUGCUUGAUGAGGGAAAUUGUACCAACGAAGGCCGAGAAUUAAAGAGAGUUUUACCAGAUGCAUUAAAAACUGACUGUAGCAAAUGUACAGAUGUUCAAAAAAGUAGAUCAGAAAAGGUGAUUAAGUUUUUGAUUAAGAAUCGUUCUGAUGACUUUAAUCGUUUGACUUCCAAAUACGAUCCAACCGGUGAAUAUAAGAAGAAUCUCGAAAAAUUCGAUACAGAAAAGGCUGCAGCUGCUGCUAAACAUUAAUCCGUUUAAAUAAUUAUUUUUUAAACUUUUCCUAGGCACUUUCUGUUGUAGUAGAACUAGUAAGAAACAAAAUAUGAUGUAUUUCUCCCUAUUUAAGCUAUUUUAAUAUAAUUUAAUUAUAUGCUUA